CUUCGUGCCAGCAGAGGAAACGGCCUUUAAGAUUGGGACUCAAGCUGCCGCGAGUUUUAAAUCCUAAAUUCGAGCUGGCGCGCAAUUCUGUCGUCAUCACUAAACGCCAACCACGGAAGUAGCUGAUACGGCCUGUGAUGGCGCUGUUCCUCGUCAACAGGUACACUGGUGAUGAAGAGAGUGAGCCAGAAGACCAGUCACAGGUGCUCUUGAAGCAGCUCCAGGAACGGGCAAGAGCACGUCAGCUGCAAAAACAGAAACAGGGUCGGCCAAUUUCUGCAGAGCUAACAAGGCCGGAUAAUGAAAUAUCUAGCAUUAACCCUGAGGAAGAAUUAAAGCAGGAGACCAAGAAGAGAAAGAGGAGAUCUAGUGAUGGAUCUCCUUGCACACAAGACCAGAGAAAGCAAAAUAGGCAGCUACAAGCUGGCAAGAAGAAAAGUCCACCUGAGGAAAAUGGUUUGAGUAAAAGCAGAACCCCAAAGAGCAGAGAAAAGUCCAAAAGGCCACCAAAAAGAACUGAAGCAGGAAGGAAUAGCAGCUUGGAGAGUCAUCUGGACAGUGGCUGUACAGCGGCAGGAGAAAAAGGGGAUACACUUGGAGAGACAGACAGCCAAAGAAGAGAGGAACAGAAGACAUUGAGUCAGAGACAAGUUGUUCCAUCUUCUCACAUGAUUGUCCUUGGCACUUCUGAUCAAAAGGCUGUACAGAAGGUACAACCUUUUUUGCCACAAUGGCUUGCUCAGCCCAAGCUAGUCCAGAAGAGGAUCAAAGACAACCUUGUCCCACUUCAGAACAUUCCAGAAAUCCACCCUAAAUUGAGGAAGAAACUGCAAGCAAAUGCAAUAGAAUCUUUGUUUCCAGUUCAGGCAGAGGUGAUUCCAGCCAUUUUGGAGAGCACAUCUGGUGGGUUUUUGACCUCAAGGCAUGGUUACCAGCCGAGUGAUAUUUGUGUCUCAGCCCCUACAGGCAGUGGUAAAACACUGGCCUUUGUCAUCCCUGUGGUACAGGCCCUGUUAGAACGAGUUGUUUGCCAGGUGCGAGUCUUGGCAGUUUUGCCCACCAAAGAACUAGCACAGCAGGUGAGUAAAGUGUUCAACAUUUACACUGAUGGAACGGGACUGAGAGUCGUCCAACUGACUGGGCAGAAGUCUUUUGUGAAGGAGCAAGAGUCUCUUGUUGAGAAAACGCUCACUGGAUUCCGCAGUCUGGCAGACAUUGUUGUAGCCACCCCUGGGCGCCUGGUGGACCAUCUUCAGCAAAGUCCUCAGUUCAGCUUGAGAGAACUUCGUUUCCUGAUCAUUGAUGAAGCCGACCGCAUGAUUGACAGCAUGAACCAGGACUGGCUGUCCCAGGUUGUGAAGGCUGUGUAUGGACCUGAUGAAGGCACAGGACCCGGUCGGCUGUUCAGGAGGGCACCACAGGAACCCAUCACAGCAGCCAGAGCCUUCUUCCCCCAGAUCCCUUUGCAAAAACUCCUUUUCUCAGCCACACUGAGCCGGGAUCCAGAGAAGCUGCAGCAAUUGGGCCUCUAUAAGCCCCGCCUCUUUACUUCUGUCUAUGCCAAAGCACAGCCUGAUGGUACCGAGAUGCAGCAGGAGAUGGAGAAGAAAUACACCCUCCCCGAGGGGCUCUCGCAAUAUUACGUGCCCUGCAACCUGCGAUCCAAACCGCUGCUCCUUCUGCAUUUUCUGUUGAGGAUGAAAUUCAGCCGAGUUCUGUGUUUCACUAACAGUAAAGAAACUUCCCACAGGUUGUUCCUUUUAAUUCGAGCCUUUGGCGGAGUGAAAGUGGCAGAGUUCUCUUCCCGUCUGAGUCCAGGAGAGAGAAAAAGGGCCUUGAAAGAAUUUGAACAAGGAAAGAUCCAGCUCUUAAUCAGCACAGAUGCCACGGCUCGUGGAAUCGACAUUGGAGGAGUGAAAUAUGUAAUCAGCUACGAUGCCCCUCAAUUUAUCAGGACCUAUGUUCACCGGGUGGGCAGAACAGCUCGAGCUGGGAAAGCUGGCCUGGCCUUCACCAUGCUGCUGAAAGUGCAGGAACGGAAAUUCCUGAAAAUGCUGAAAGAAGGUGGCCUUCCUGAGUUGGAACAACAGUUGGUGAAGAGCGAGAACCUCAAGCCUCUCCUCCAGCAGUAUGAAGAAGCACUAGCUGAACUCCGGAAUGUUGUCAAGGAGGAGCAAGCCAUGAAGCGAUCCUGAACAGGGAAGGGAGCGGGUGCUGCAUUGUUCGUUGGUACAAAAAACAAACAAGGACUGAAGACCUCCUUAGUGACAAACUGGGCUGUGGCCUCAGGAAUGCACAGCAUUUGAAAACAGACGCCAUUACCAGCUCCCUGAAGAACCGAGAAACGAAAGAGGAACAUCUGCCCAAAACUUGAGCAGAGGGAGCUGCAAGCCCCCUUUGUUCAUUCCCGGUGGGACUUUAGCCCAGCCUGAUUGGGAGUUCUCUGAUUUCUCAGCCUCUUCCUGGGAGUGGACUGAUCCUGUUCAGCCUUCCAGGGAGAGGGCAGUUCCUUCAUUGUCUUAUCUUCUUAUCAUGGUCAGUGGUCCAGUUGUGCCUCCAGCAGUUGCUGCUGCUGAUCCACGUGAAACCCACUUUGAACAGAGGAAACGUUAUUUAAAUAAAAAAUCGACUUUGCUUCCCAGUGCAA